UGGCAUGUGGUUGAAGGAUGAUUUUCUGACUUCUUUUCACAGAGAAGUCUUUCUGAAGACUCAGGAGAGAAGAUGGAGGAUGGUGAUCAAGUAACUCUUUAUAGCUACAAAGUCCAAUCCACCAUUACUUCUCGAAUGGCCACAACCAUCAUCCAGAGCAAGUUAGUGAACAAUUCCCCACAGCCGCAAAAUGUCGUGUUUGAUGUUCAGAUCCCUAAAGGAGCCUUCAUCUCCAACUUCUCCAUGACUGUGGAUGGCACGACAUUUACAAGUUCCAUUAAGGAGAAAACUGUGGGCCGAGCUCUUUACUCACAGGCAAGAGCAAAGGGCAAGACCGCUGGAUGGGCGAGGUAAGAGCUGGGCGAUCUGGACUUGCCUUCACAUUUUC